CUACCAUGACGCUGCUUUGUUUCUUUGACGGGUAGUUUCCGAAACCGAUCAACUAAUAUCGUUGUAUUCCACGCUCAAUAUAACUAUCAAGUUGUAACAUUCAGAUUGUACGGAUGGGGCAUAUAUUACCUAGGUAAUAGCACCAGCUUGCCCUGCUUUGUGCAUCCUCCUAUGGACCCUUUCCACAACGAUAACUUCUAACAAUCUCGAGCUACUAAUUUUAUCUCUUUACUUCUGGCAUAAAAAUGGACGUCGACGGCGAAGGCGAGGAGGCCAAUUUACUCAGGAGAAAGUGCAGGUUGGCUUUUGGCGAUGAGUUGGUGGACAAGUAUACCACAGACUGCGGGCUCCUAGACGCUCUUAUUCAUUGGUCCUACAACUGGUUUAAGGUCCGCUUCCGAACUCUCACGAGUAUUGCGUUGAAUGACCCAAGUAUCAUUACAGGUCAGCCUGACUUCCGCCUCCGUCAAUCGAUGAAAAAGGACAUGAACGCCCUCAUCCAUGCCCCGAAUUUAAUUGAAGAUGCAUUAUGGGUUCGAUCUACUCAUCUGGAGGAACUAGAUGAUCCUGAUUCGCUAUAUCGGAAUACUCAGCUCACGACAACUCAGCUUUACCAAUUGAUAUAUCGAAUGGAACCAGACACCGGUCUCCGCCUUGGACUGCUUUCGAGAGUCCCUCGUGCGGGAAUAGGACUAGAAUACAAGGAUCUCAUGAAAAAUUAUGAACUAGGGAUGACUAUGUGUAUUAGACUUAUUGAUUCCUGGGUGGAUUUCAGGGGCUUGGUUACUACACAUCAUAGCGAGGCUUGGGACCACCGCACCAGGAUGUCAAGACACGAAUAUAUGGAAGACAAAUGGUAUGGGCCUGGGGGUCUUGAGCUCGAUUCGGACUUCGAGGAGUUCUUGUCUUUGGUAGUUCUUCAUAUGGCUACCUUAUAUGCUCACUCGAACCCCCAAGACCUAGGUCACCCACAACCCUAUACCAAUGCCUAUGACUAUUUCCGAGGGACUGAACAACAUAAUCCAUUAUAUCGGGUGAGGGAUCUGGUCAAAGGAGUUGAAAGGCCUGCAUUUCCAUUAGAAUUACCGCCGAAGGUUCCUAUACCUGGUAGUAUUAUUCCGGACGGGCUUGCCCCGCUGAAUAUACUGGGGGGUGCGCCACACUGCUUCUUCCAGCCCUAUCCGGGUCUUUGGCGGUAUAUUCACCCGAGAAUAGGUCGGCAUCACAAGCCGCUUCCCGAGCACCCUCAUAUUGUGGUCAUUUACCCAACCCACCCAUACCCGCUUCCGCCCCUUGCUAAUACAAAUAUCCCUAUACCAGGUAUGACUUGGGCAACCAUUGCGAACCAACCAGCACCCGGAGCUCCUCAGGGCAAAGGUGAUAUCCUCACUCCUCCUGGUAGUAGUCCGAUGCCUAAGACUGGUGGUAAAGACGGUGGUAAAGACGGUGGUAAAGACGGUGGGGGUGGUGGCCGUGGCGGUCUCGCUGCAGCUUACGGGGCCGCUCUCAGGGAAAGGUAUUACGCUCAGAGCAAGCGCUCUGUACACUGGAAGGAUGAGCUACUCUUCGAAGAAGAAAGCGAGGACUUGGACUCGAACUCGGAUUCAGGUCUAGGUCUGAACUCGUCAUCUGGCAGCACAGACGAGCCCGCUGAGGUGUCUUACUGGGGUCAGGGACCAAAAGGUUCUAAAUCGCCUCUACGCCAGACUUUCAGCACGUCUCUCAAGAGGAAGAGAAGUGGCCCUGCUAGAUCUAACCCCGUGCUGUCCAAAAGAUCUAGACGCGGGGCGGUCUCGGAGUAAAAAGUUGAUGCAUUGUAUCGUUUGAUUAUAUUUGGGAUAUUAUAUAUCUCUAUCAUUGGAUCAUAUAUUUUUAUGUUUUUGUUUUGUUUUGUUUUGUUUUGUUGAUUUAUACAACAUUGCAUUUAUGUUCUACGGAGAGUAAAGAAAAGACAGUCGGAAAAAAAAAAUUAAAAACUAGAUAAAUAUGCUGCUUGAAGAGGAUUCAAGUGGUUUACGAGUUGAUCCGUAAACUGUUCUGUAAUUGUUUUCAUUAACAGAUUGGAACUAGUAUAUGAUUAAUGGAGUUAUGGAUUUACCUAUA